GUCGGUAACGGUCCCGCGGGCGGCGCCGUUCGGUUCGGCCCGACUCGGCUCGGCCUGGCCUGGCCUGGCCUCCUCCCCGCGGGCGCGACGGAGCGCGGAGGGGCGGUUGGCGCCGUGAGGAGCCGCUCCCCUGACUGACCGCCGGCCCGCCCCGCUCGCGCUGCGCUGCCGUGUCCCGCCCCCGCGUCGCCGCCUCCGACGGUGGGAGCGUUGCUGAGGGAACGUUCCGUGAGGUGCGGGUGCUCCUCGGCCGCUGGCAGGCCUGUGCCGCCGUGCGGGCCGGGGGCGGCAGGGCCUCGCGCCGGCCGGGCUCCCGCCGGCUUUCAGCCCUCUGUCACACCUUUUCUUAAGGGCCGGAGUCGUUCCGCCGUUGAUUCCUUCCAGCGGUGCGGGGUUCGUAGGGGUAGCUACGUCUUACCUGGAUGUUCUUGCGUGUGGCUGCAUGACAGCAGCUGGUGUUUGCAGGUCUCCAAAGCCUUUGGUGGUGGGGAGCGUUUGCUCCAAGUUAGGGAGAAAAGUCAUGUAAGCUGUGUGUUAAUCUCCUCAGGGAUGUUUUGCAUAGACAUAAGGUCUUGAUAAGUUUUUGGAAGCUUGCUUCGGUUAUGUCUGUUUUUCCUAAACAUUAAUUUUCUGCUAUUUACUUGCUGGGGUAGAAUUGCCCAUUUAGAUAAAGCACAUGUAGUGAUGGUGAGUCCAUAGAGCUAUUUUAUUGGUGAUUUUCAGUGACUUGGGAAAUAUCCUCAUGUGCUAAACUCCUUUAAAAGUGCUAUUUGUAUGACUAAUUAUCCCUGAGAUCUCUCAUAGCAUUCUUUUCUUGCAGAUGCUUAAAUUUACUUUUAUUCAUUUAGUUAUUGUAUUAGCUCUUCUGACAUUAAAUUUUGGAGUUAUUCUGAUGUUUUUCAAUGUAGGUUUUCAAGUUUAUUUUUGUAGUUGAUCGGUAGUGCUUUGUGGCACAACUCUGCAAAAUACUCAGUGAUUUAUUUUUUGAUGCAGUGAUAACUACCACCAUCCUGAAGCUCCAGUAGACCUAUUAACCUGAAUUAAUGAGAGAGUAUGUUUUCUAAUCAGUAUGACAAGCAGCAAACCAGGAUGCUCUGUCUCAAAAUGACAGCAUACGAAAGUUGUUUUGUUAUUUAUAUGUUGCCACAGGUGGAGAAUUUAACCUGUGGUUCUAUGUGGAAAAUGUUAUUUCUCUACUUGAAAUUUAGGACUUGGUUAUAAAUGAAAGUCACGCUUGUUCUUUAAUACAGGCUUUGUUGUUUGUCUUCUUUUUCAAAGAGGUGGACAACUAAUGGAACAUUCUACUAGGAAGAAUAAAACUGUUCUUACAAGGUAGUUUGCUCAGAGUAGACUGAGAUCCAUACAAUAAAAAGGUCUCUCAACUAACAGUGACCUCGAAUGCUUGACAACUCCUGAAUGAUUGCUUGAGAGGCCUUGGAGAGAAAACGUUAAGACUUUACAUUUCACAGUUCUCUUAAGCAACUAUGGAAAUAGAAAAGGAGCACAUUUAUAUUAUCCCUACAGAACUUGAGAAUCUAAGUGAUGCUCCAUUUUCUGGUGAUGAAGAAAAUGGUGGGUCUGACGAAAGAAAGACUGAAAUCAAUGGAAAUUCUAUUCCUGCAACCUCAAUUACCGAAGCCAAAAUAAAUGCUAAAGCAAAGAGACGGCUGAGAAAAAAUUCUUCUAGAGAUUCUGGGAGAGGAGACUCUGUUAGUGACAAUGGAGAGAUACUGAAGACUGGAGUUGUACCAACGAGCCCAAAGGGGAAACUCCUGGACAGGCGAUCCCGGUCUGGGAAGGGAAGAGGUCUACCAAAGAAAGGUGGAGCAGGUGGUAAAGGAGUUUGGGGGACACCAGGUCAAGUAUAUGAUGUGGAAGAAGUAGAUAUUAAAGAUCCUAAUUAUGAUGAUGACCAGGAGAACUGUGUCUACGAAACAGUAGUUUUACCUCUGGAUGAAAGAGCAUUUGAAAAAACUCUAACACCAAUCAUACAGGAGUAUUUUGAACAUGGAGAUACUAACGAAGUUUCGGAGAUGCUGAAGGGUUUAAACCUUGGUGAAAUGAAAUACAGUGUGCCAGUGCUGGCAGUUUCCUUGGCGUUGGAGGGAAAGGCUAGUCACAGGGAAAUGACAUCUAAGCUUAUCUCCGACCUUUGCGGGACAGUCGUGAGCAAAACUGACGUGGAGAAGUCCUUUGAUAGGCUGCUUAAAGAACUACCUGACUUGGUGUUGGAUUCUCCCAGGGCACCACAGUUGGUGGGCCAGUUUAUUGCUCGAGCUGUUGGAGAUGGGAUUCUAAGCAGUACCUACAUAGAUGGCUACAAAGGCACUGUGGAUUGUGUCCAAGCUCGAGCUGCACUGGACCGAGCUACUGUGUUGCUGAGUAUGACAAAGGGUGGAAAGCGAAUAGACAACGUGUGGGGGUCCGGAGGUGGCCAGCAGUCUGUGAAACACCUUGUGAAAGAGAUCGAUAUGUUGCUGAAGGAGUAUUUGCUUUCUGGAGAUGUACUGGAAGCUGAACGUUGCCUUCAGGAACUGGAAGUACCCCAUUUUCACCAUGAACUUGUAUAUGAAGCUAUUGUGAUGGUUUUGGAGUCAACUGGAGAAAAGACCUUUAAAAUGAUACUGGAUUUGUUGAAAUCUCUUUGGAAGUCUUCUGUCAUUACUGUGGACCAAAUGAAAAGAGGCUAUGAACGAGUGUACUCUGAAAUCCCAGACAUUAACCUGGAUGUGCCACGUUCCUAUUCUGUGCUGGAGCGGUUUGUAGAGGAAUGCUUUCAGGCAGGAAUCAUCUCCAAGCCACUGAGAGAUCUCUGCCCUUCAAGGGGCAGAAAGCGUUUUGUGAGUGAAGGAGAUGGAGGCCGUCUUAAACUGGAAAGCUACUGAAUGUGAGAACCAGCUCCUGAAGCCUUAAAGUCUAAAGGGAAAAGAGAUCUCUCUAUAUACAGCCACACGUGCUUUUUGGGUGUGUGGAUGCAUAUAUGUAUACACAUAUACCAAAAUUUUAAAGAGUUGCUUAGCACAGUUCAUAUUUUUUUAAAAGCACAUGUUUUGGGUACAAAUUGUUUUGUUUUUUAAAAAUAGUUUUAUAAGUUUCAGAACGAAAACUUGUUUUGUUGGGCAUGUAGUAGAACAACUGGCCACUCUGCUGCAGUGGUGCCUUCAAAUAAGCUAUCUUUGAGUGCCAUGUGUUUGUGACCUAAUCAUUCCACCUUUGCAUCAAUGUCUGACUGCUGCUCGCUCUUUCAAGGACAGUGUUGCUGUCACAGUCACUGGUUUAUGCAGAGCUUUAUAGAAGGGUCAAGUUCAGCUGCUGUGAUCCCAUUUCCAUUGCUGCUGAAGAUAUACUGUGCUUCGGGAGGAAAAAUAGCUCACUUUCUUUUAAAGAGCCCAAGAAAAUGGAGUUGGGUCAUAAGAUUAAUCAGUUCCAGGGGAGAACACAGGUUGGUUUUAGUCCCCCCUGUACCAAACUUGUCUUUUUUUCUAUGUAACUGGAAAAGUUCUGGUCAAAUAUAUUAAAAAUAUUUUUUGUGAA